GAAGUACUCUUGUGAGAAGAGAAUUAAGGUGGGGUUUUGAAAUGGGUACUUGUGUGGCAUCCAUGCUCUUGAAUCUCAUUACCAUCCUCUGCACAGUGUCAGCUUGUUGUGCAGCAACAGCUGAGGUACGAAGCAAACCCUUCAAAAGGGUCUUCGCCUUUGGUGACUCCUUCACGGACACAGGCAACACCAAGAACGCCGAAGGACCAAGUGGCUUUGGCCACGUCUCAAACUCUCCCUACGGCACCACCUUCUUCAACCACUCCACCAACCGAUACUCCGAUGGAAGACUCGUCAUUGACUUCGUCGCUGAAGCCCUGUCACUGCCCUACUUGCCCCCCUACCGCCACAUCAGAGGCAACGACACUUUCGGUGUCAACUUCGCCGUUGCUGGCUCCACCGCCAUAAACCACUUGUUCUUUGUCAGGAACAACCUCUCCCUUGACAUCACUCCUCAGUCCAUCCAGACCCAGAUCAUAUGGUUUAACCGCUACCUCCAGAGCCAGGAAUGUCAAGAAGCAAAGUGCAAUGAUUUUGAUGACACUUUGUUCUGGUUUGGGGAGAUUGGAGUCAAUGACUAUGCCUACACCCUUGGAUCUUCUGUCCCUGACGACACCAUAAGGAAGCUUGCCAUCAGCAGUGUCUCAGGAGCUUUACAGGCAUUGCUUGAGAAGGGUGCCAAGUACCUAGUGGUGCAGGGUUUGCCUCUAACUGGGUGUUUGACAUUGUCCAUGUAUCUGGCUCCUCCUGAUAAUAGAGAUGAGAUUGGAUGUGUGAGAAGUGUGAACAACCAAAGCUACCACCACAACCUUGUGCUGCAAGCCAAAUUAGAUGAAUUCAGGAAACAGUACCCCCAAGCUGUCAUACUUUAUGCUGAUUACUACAACGCCUACCGCACUGUCAUGAAGGAUCCAAGCAAAUAUGGAUUCAAAGAGGUCUUCGACGUUUGCUGUGGAUCAGGGGAACCACCUUACAACUUCAGUGUGUUUGCCACGUGUGGCACACCUAACGCCACUGUCUGCGGAAACCCUUCUCAGUACAUCAAUUGGGAUGGUGUUCACCUCACUGAGGCCAUGUAUAAAGCUAUUUCGAAUAUGUUUCUGCAAGGAAACUACACCCAACCUCCCUUUGAUUUUUUGUUGGGAAAAAAAGAGAGGGUGGGGUGAAUGGUUCAACCAGGAAUAAUGUUUGGGACAUACUUGUCCUUAUCACUUUAAUGAAUCUGCUAUUGCAGUAACUAUAAGUGAGGGAACCGGAUUUUAUUUGUGUUUGCUAGAACAUGUGUCUACUGCCCCAUGUAAGAGAAGUUGAAAGGAAUGUAGUUCUGUUUAUAUAAUCUGUCAUGGUUAUAUUAAACUAGGCUGCAAUUUGUGCUUGUUUAGAUGAUUUUGGUUUUGGGUUAAUAAAUGUUUCUUUUUUAUUUAUAUA